GAAUAACAGACAACCAGUUGCUUCUGGACUCCAGCUGGCUCCAUUUUACCAGACUGACAUUAGAUAAGAAGGGGGUUCGCUCGGUUUUAUUAUAUAACACUAACUAAACAAGAUAGAAAGAAAUCAAAGUGGAAAUAUACAUUAUGCUUUUGUCUUUGGUAACUGUAUUUCUUUGGCUUGGAAUGGGACAAGCUCAAAGGACAACUCCUGAUUUUAUGAUGGAAUAUUAUCAGAGACAACUUCAGCAGCUUGAGGGACGACUGAUCAAAUGUGAGCAAGACUUCCAACACUUCAGUCAAAGGAUGUAUGACAUGUCCAAGGAGAUACAUGGCGAAACAAGCAAGAUGAAUGCACUAAAAUCAGAGGUCAAAUGUCACAUUGACACAUUUGCUAUGCGUUUGGACCGAGUGGAGAGAGAUGUGGAAUACCUGCAUAAUAAGAUCCCCGACACCGUCCAGGUUGACAUUGAGGACGCGCUGAUCGAGCACCAGGUGAAAGAAGCCAAACUAAAAAAGACAUCUGUAAUCCCUAAGGGCAAAGACUGCAGUUCAGAAGUUGUGGGUAUCAAGUCUCUCAAAAUAGUCAAGAAAGCAGGUGACACCAAUGGUUCCUGGAUGAAGGAUCCAACAAAGGGUUCUGCUAAGAUUUACUUUUUUAGUGGCACUCGAAACAGUACAGUAUUAGCAUAUACCUCUCUGAAGACCUUCACUGAACCAAACUCCACCAAAAAAACAGAAGUUAUCCAUCUUCCUUUUCCCUGGCAUGGAACCGGCCAUGUGGUCUACAACGGCUUUGUGUACUACCACAGCGCAGACACCAACAAUGAGAUCCUAAAGGUCCACCUCAGCAACCGUACGGUGGCUGAUCGGUUGCUGCUGCCUGGAGCCGGUCGGAUGCCAGCAUAUGCCCUCAAUCCUCACACUCUGCUGGAUCUCGCCGUAGAUGAAAUGGGGCUCUGGUCGAUCCAUGCCGACCCAGACUUCGGCGGCAACCUGGUGAUCACCAAGCUGGACUACAGUAGUCUGGCAGUGGAGCACACAUGGGAUACCAACUGCAAUAGUCGUGAUGCAGAAGCAGCUUUCAUAAUCUGUGGAAUCUUAUAUGUGGUCUACAACUCCCACUAUGGUGGAAGGUCUAGCAUCCAAUGCUUGUUUGAUAUCCAUGACACCAUCUACACUGAGAGCAUUUCUGUGCUGUUCUUCCCAAAGCGUUACACUAGCCACUCCGCUUUGCGUUUCCACCCAAAGGAUAAGCAACUGUAUGCUUGGGAUGAUGGUUACCAGACCAUCUAUAAGUUAGAAACCAAGAAGAUAUAGGGAUAGGUCAGUUCUACGUAGUAGUUACAAAGAGGUCCUUUUAUCCAAUUGUGCUUUAUUCUUCUUCCCAAUCACUUAUAAUCUUCUUGUAAUUUAAUGGAAGGCACUUUGUAGUUGUGCCAGACUGCUAUUUCCUGAAAAACAAAGAACUCUUUGACCUCCUCGGUUCAGUCAGAGAACCCCAAGUAUAAUAUCUGCACUCUUUCUAUGAUUCGAGACAGUGAAAGAUGUGUAUCCAACAGCAGUAUCCUAUUCUAUAAAUAAAUAGCAUUAUAUAACAGGAAUAAUGCAUGUCUUUUAAAAGAAAAUAUCUUUUACAAAACGUGUGACUUUCAAAUGUACAGUAUUUCUGAGGAGGAGGGGGAUUACGGCUUGAAAUAAAACUAUAAUGUGUACCACACAAAA